AUCAAACACCUUCUUCGCCCUAUUUUGCUGUCACGGGCGAUCCGGAACGGGGUUAGCAGUUGUUCGACUUUCAGUUCGCCGUUUUUGCGUGGAAUCGCCAUUAUGCAUUUAAAGCGAAUAUCAUGGCAAGCAAGCUGAGCCAGUUACCGCAUGGCAAAAACCUGCUAAUAUUUUCCAUUUUUAGGGUGGUGGGUGGGAUUGGGCAGUUGAUGGGCCUGAGCAGCUACUUCAAUGAGCGAGGGCUCAGAGCCGCUUCAGCGCUUUGUUUACCUUAGUCUUGCCGGCUUGUAGACACCAUCAGCCGGUAGCGAUCUCGUCGCCGACUCCUGUCAAAACUACUGUCCACCUCUCUUCCUCUUUUCCCCUGGGUUUAUAAUAUUUUCAUAAAGAUGGCGGAGGGACCACAGGCUGCAAACUAAUGACUGUCAGAAACAUCGCUUCAAUUUGUAAUAUGGGCACCAAUGCCUCUGCUCUGGAGAAAGACAUCGGCCCAGAGCAGUUCCCAAUCAAUGAACACUACUUCGGUUUGGUCAAUUUUGGGAACACCUGCUAUUGUAACUCUGUGCUGCAAGCACUAUACUUCUGUCGACCAUUUCGAGAGAAUGUACUUGCAUACAAGGCACAACAAAAAAAGAAGGAAAACCUCUUGACGUGUCUAGCUGACCUCUUCCAUAGCAUUGCCACCCAGAAGAAAAAGGUCGGUGUGAUUCCUCCAAAGAAAUUUAUUUCCAGGUUACGCAAAGAGAAUGACUUGUUUGAUAACUACAUGCAACAAGAUGCACACGAGUUUCUGAACUACCUGCUGAAUACCAUCGCUGACAUCUUGCAGGAAGAGAAGAAGCAAGAGAAACAGAAUGGGAAAUUGAAGAAUGGAAAUGCAAAUGAAAUUGAAGAGAACAACAAACCUGAUCCCACCUGGGUGCAUGAGAUUUUUCAAGGAACACUCACUAAUGAGACGAGAUGUCUGAACUGUGAAACAGUUAGCAGCAAAGAUGAAGAUUUUCUGGAUCUUUCUGUUGACGUGGAACAGAACACAUCAAUUACACAUUGCCUCAGAGACUUCAGCAACACAGAAACACUGUGCAGUGAACACAAGUAUUAUUGUGAGACCUGUUGUAGUAAACAGGAAGCUCAGAAAAGAAUGUGCGUGAAGAAGCUGCCCAUGAUCCUUGCAUUGCACUUGAAGAGGUUCAAAUAUAUGGAACAAUUGCAUCGAUACACAAAACUCUCUUAUCGUGUGGUGUUUCCAUUGGAACUGAGGUUGUUUAAUACAUCAGGAGAUGCUAUUAAUUUGGACCGGAUGUACGAUCUGGUGGCUGUUGUAGUUCACUGUGGCAGUGGUCCUAACCGUGGACACUACAUAACUAUUGUGAAAAGUCAUGGCUUCUGGCUUUUGUUUGAUGAUGAUAUUGUUGAGAAAAUUGAUGCUCAAUCUAUUGAAGAAUUCUAUGGUUUGACUUCAGACAUUUCAAAAAACUCAGAAUCUGGAUAUAUUUUAUUUUAUCAAUCAAGAGAGUAACAUGGAAAGAACUGGCCUAAAUAAUCAGAAGGAUAUUUAUCUAGUCCAAAAGAGAUCAGGCCAUUGCCAUCCAAUUAUCAGGGCAUGCAUUGUCCUUUUAGGGCCUUUUGUUCAGGGUGUCGGGAUAGGAUUUACAAUCAUACUCCAGGCAAUUGAAGGCUAAAAGCAAAUGUAUGAUCGUAUGGGAGAAGUAAGUCAGAGUAGUUUUGACGAGAACAUCUGGUCAAAACUCUAAUAAAGGAAAUGCAAGUAUGCAUGCAAGUCUUUAAAAGAAAACAUUACAGUAAACCAAUAGAUUUGGCAGUGUUCCCUCGCCACCUUGCCGCCCCCUUCUAAGGUUUUCCUUGCUGACCCCAAGCAUUUGUUUAUUUUACUAACAUUACACUUGGUUUUAGAGGAUAAUGGAGAAGAGAGAAUAUAAAUCAACUCCACGGUGAUGGAAUGCAAGAUUGCCUGAUCCAAAAUGACUAGAUUCACUGGACUGUAGAAGGAAAUUGAUUGUAUUUUGGUUGAUUUUUGUUUCCCUCAGUGCAAUUGCAAAUAUUGUCGCUUACUGCUUCAUACUGCGAUUUUGUUUUCUUUGUGUUAAAAGCCCUUUAAUGCCAUUCAAAUAUAUAGCAGGUAUAUGUCAGAUAGAAUGAAACUGUUAGUUAGAUCAUUUCGUUUUUUGAAUGGCUGAAUAGUUUCUGUCCUUUGCAUGUGAGAAAACUCCUAGCUGCUGAAAGAUCAAGAGAAUGGGAACAAACCAUGAACUGUUAUUUCAUUUUAAUGUGCAAUGAAAGAGUUUAUAAAUUAACUGAAUCUUAUCAAAAGUCACUUUUAAAUGGUGCAGUAUAAUUUUUGAUAGUCUAAUGGUUUAAGCAUCUUAAAUGUUUUCCCAAUAUACCCGAAUCCUGUAGCUAUCAUCUAAUAUGGCUGGUCCACAAUUAUUGUUUCUAACAAUCAAAUGUACCUAAAUGACACGUUGGGGUGUUAUCUAGUGUUUGUUCUGAAUCAUAUCAUUUAUGAGAAUAUAAUAAAUCUGAAGAAGGGUCUCGACCCUAAACAUCACCCGUUCCUUAUCUCCAGAGAUGCUGCCUGUUCUGCUGAGUUACUCCAGCGUUUUGUGUCUACCUUCGAUUUAAACCAGCAUCUGCAGUUCUUUCCUACACAUAAAUAUAUCAACAAUGGAUUGCUUUGACAUUAGAGCCCGAGGUAGGACGAAGAAAAUAUAAGUGACAAACUGAGUAAAUAUUGGGAAUGGAUGGAAAUAGUUUUUCAAAGAGCAAACAAAAAUGUUGACCAAAUGCUUAGGAACAAAACUGAAAGUAGAACAAUGGAUGCUUGACUGAACACAUUUGUUUUGAAGAAGAUAUAAUCUCUUGGUCUAUUUACUUUUAGAUCAUAUAUUGCUAAAUUUGGUUUGUCAAGUUUCAAAUGAAAGGGCUUCUUUUAAUUUAAAAUCAUACUUGAUUAAUAUUUCCUGUCUCUAUGUUCAAGAUUCAUCUCACUUUGAUUUUCUUUUUUUUUUUAAAGCCUUUAUAAAACAUGUACUUUUUAUAUUUAUUUCUAAAUUAAGGUUCUUUGUUCCAAUCUGUAGUCCACAUCAGACUAAAAUGCUGUAGACAUAUUUUACCACUGACAGUCAUAUCCUCAUGCCUCUAACCCUUCCAAGAAUCAUUGACCUGGUUAUUUACAUUAUUGAAAUAAUAGCAUAUUAAUAUUUUCUAUACACAAACAUUGUAUCUAAACUGUGCAGUUACUUGCCUUUACAGAAGUUCUGACAAAUUAGGUUUCAAUGAAGUUUUAAGUGAAUAUUGCGAUCAGUUUGUUGCAGCCUGACUCUGGAGUUUAUGAAGUAAUUGGAUUGUAGUGAGUUUCAAUUUAUGUGACUUUCCACUUUUGAAAUUGGUUUUGUAUUUGCUUCUUACCGAUGACCAGCAUCCGUAGCACUCGUUUAUAUUACCUAGCAAUGUUGCACUAUUUUUAUAAAAAUCUGUUUGAAGCUCAAUAAAAUGGUCUGUUUGACCAUCUUAAUUUGCUAACGGAUAAAAAGCAUGGAGAUAAAAAUUACCUCCGUUGAUGCUCCAUGUAGACUGCUAUCAGUAGCUAAUUGGUAUGCUAAUGAAGUCCAUAAACACAGGGAGAUCAGAUCUUCUAAAUAUUGAUCUCCUUGAAAUCUAGCUAAAGGAUUUCUUGAAGCAAUCUUUAAUAUAAAAUGCUUAUCUGAAUGCAGCACAGGGUUUUUACAAGUUACCAAGGCCAUGUUUCUUCCAGCAUUGGAGAUGAUAGGUAUUUCAAGGUGUCUGUUACAAUUAGCGAGAGAUCCUGUUUGCAAUUUUCAAAGCUGGUGGGAUGUAUCCAUAGUUCUAGAUGUGGAUUAGAUGGAUAUACGUUUAGGAUGUUAAAUUUACAAUUUGUUUUGAUUCAAUGUUCUGACAUCUUCCCAACUGCCCCAAAUUGAUUCUCUGAAGUCAGCAUUUUCCAUUACGGAUAAAGUGAACAUUUUCCAGAUCACGUAUCCUUCCCCAAUCUACUUGAAAGUUGGCAAAUAAUAUUGAACCUUAAGCACUGUGUCUUGGCCCCGUUGAACAAUAUUGUUUGUUUCAGUUUCCCUUGGUUUACCAUAUUUAGUCUUAAUAUAUCAGACGGUAAUUAUCGUAGUGUGGUACUCGAUGACAUUGAUUUGUUAGAUGGAGAUCAUCGGAUUCUUGAGGAAAUUUUGGAGAAUCCAAUGCUUUAGAGUUGUCUGCAGGUGGUUGACAUGGCUGAGAGUCAUCUUUGUGGAGAAUGGUGAUUUUCUGCAAAGCAGUCACCCAAUCCUUAGAUUUUAAACGUGGAGGAAAUUGUAUAAUGAGCAAUAAAUAUCACUAAAUUGUGAUCUAAAUUGGGUAUACAAGUGAAUUGCUGCUUCAUCUGGAAAAAUAAUUUGAAUGGUGGGAAGGCACGGGAUAACAUGGCCAAUGUUGCAUAUCUGGAGGUUACAUGAGAUGGUCCUGUGAGAAGGGAAGAGGAUGGUGUUGGUGGAGAUAGAAGACUGAAUCAGAUAUUCUUUUGGAAUUUUGAAUGGGAUGGGGAGAAACAGAUUUACUUGAUGCUGGGAGAAAGGUAGAGAGCCAAAAUGGAGCCAAUGGUGUUGAGAGCUCUUGUCAACUUUGGUGGUUCUAAUCCACAGUACAUGUUGGGAACACUGGUAUGGGAAGUCUAAAGUCAUUGGAACGGGUGCAAAACAGCAGGUGGAAUUGUGUGCAAAUGGAAUGGAGUGCUUGCAAGAAACAUUAUUAGGAGGAGAUGUUAUCAAGAUAGGUGUGGCACCCUAUGAAUGUGAAUUAUUAAUUCUGUACAGAGUAGGAAGCCCCAAUAGUCAAUAAUGGAGUUGUCCUUGUUUCAGUCCUUUUUGGGACCUCUCUCUUUCCCCAGUACAGGUAUACUUAAUACUGCAUUCAUGGUGCAUUUUCUAGUACAGAACUUGACAUUUUCAGUGCCUUUGCUUCCAAAUUCCACUCUCCAAUCACUUUUAUGUGGUCCAUUUAUCACACUUCAUUUCCUUGACUAUCUCCACCUCAGAAGGAAGGUCUAUCACCAAAAUCCAAGCCAACAGAAUCCCAUGCUACCUUGACUCAUCAUAACUUGACAACUAUAAGGAUGCUAUUCCAUUUUCCAAAUUUCUCUGGCUGUGUUGUAGCUGUUCCAAUGACGCACUUUGCACAUCAGUGCUUCUGAGAACUUUUUCUUCAAUUGUGGUCUUCCCUUCACCAUAAGCUGCAUUUAUUCAUUUCCUGUACCUUUUUGUUACAAGUAUCGAGUUCCCCUUAUACUCAUGUUUCAUACCACCAACAUCAACAUUCAGCAGGUCAUCCUCCAUAAUCGUUAUCACAUUCAGCAAGAUGCCACCACCUAACGAAGCUUCUCACCUUUCAACAUUCCAGAGAGAGAGAUCCCUUUUUGAUUUCCUGCUACUCUUCUAUCUCCACCAAUACCCACUGACUUUUUCAACCCACCUUUCCGUGCAACAUUAAAAGUUACAAUUCCUAAUUGUUUUUAUUUCUUCCCUUUCCACCAUCCAAAGGUCCAAACACUCCUUCCAGCAGAAGCAAUGAUUCACUUGUAUUGCUUACAAUCUAGUGCUUUGUGUCCUAUGCUCACAAUGAAUGGUUCUCUACCGGGUGACUAUUUUUCAGAACUUCACCUUUCAGUGUGCAAAAGUGACCUUGAGCCUGUCACUUUAAUUCUCCAUUCCAAUGCUAACAUAUGCUUGGGGAAGAAUAUAUUGUAUUCUGACUUGGCAAGGUACAGACCUUGGGACUUGACAUUUAAUUCAAUAACUUACAAUAGCCAGCUUUGUGGUUUUUGUCAGAAUUGAAAGUUUGUCAGUUUGACCUGAUGGUUAUUUCCACCAUUAUCUUAUUUAAGAUUUCUAAGAAUUGCAGACCAAUAAAUCUUCAAAUUCAGCUGGUACUACAUGAUUUGUAUUGUUUACUCCUUCUAUCCUGGAAUUUCCAUUUGUGCUCUUCACUCAAAACAUGCAUCUUAAAACAUGCUUGUUUUCUCACAUUUUCUUAUUUCUUAUGAAAGGCGAUUAACUUGAAACGUUAGCAUAAUUAUGGUGUACCUGCUGAGUAUUCCUAGCUGUUCCAUUACUAUUUCCAACAUCUGCAGUUUUUUGUUUUUUAUUAAUUGGAACAAUUAGAUUGCAGGAGAUUUCGCCGUACAUGCCAUUGCCUGGGGUGUUGAAAAAUUGACAUUUGUUUUACAGUGAAUGCAUUAUUAGCUAAAGUGUUCUUGUUUUUACUUCACUCUAUAUGAAAGGCAACCAAUCUUAGUGACAUGAAUGCUUACACUAAUUGUAUGAUUACUUUGUUUAAACUGACAAGUACGCCAAUGUGACUCUACAUUAGUAUUUUGUUUAGGAGUUUGUGCUUCCUGACAUUUUCUCAGCCUCCCAGUUUGUAAUAAACAUUUACAUGUAGAAAUGAAAGAAGAUUAAGUUGUGUCCCAUAGACCAUCUCUUCUGUUCUUAAUUCACACAAAUCAUCCUAAAUGAUUUUGUGUAUAUUUAUACCAAUAUUCCAGAUUUGUUGCCUCUGGUUGAAAUUAAAAGUUAAAUCAAGGUAAAACCUUGCAGUGCAUUGGUAAGAAGUUGAAGCAACGUGAGCAUAUAUGAUGCAAAGAAAGAUAAUUUAUGGGUGUGUUUUACUCCAUAGGAUGAAUAACAAUUUGUAUUAGUUAAAUCAGCAAUUUCAUUAUUUUAAGUCAUACGUAUUGUGGACAUUCUAACCUUGGGGAUUAUGUUGUCCUAUUUUUCUGGUGAGGUACUGUGAGCUUUAAAGAUAAGGUGGAUCCUAAACAAUGUUAUACAUUUUCUUGCCAGAACUUUUUGUAACAAAUAAUAUAAAUUGCUGAUAGCAUUUGCCAAAUGUCUUGCUCAGGGUCAGUUGAAAAUGUCAGUAUACAUCUUGAGUAUCGGGUAUUGUAUUGGGGAGGGAGGGGGAGAAAGGAGAAGAUACAUUUUGGCAGCAUAUGGAAAUAAUAUCAAUCAACAUAUUGCAUUUCAGCCUUGUGAAGAGCAAAAUAAUUACAAGAGUCCUUUUCACUUUAUUUGUGUAAAAUAUUUCUGGUAUAAUUGUGCAAUCAUUACAGGGCUAGAUAAGCUAGGAAGUUAAUUAAAUAACUCAAAAUUGGGCACUAUAUUACAAGUUGAAGAAGGAUUAGUGGAAAUUAUUUACUUCAGUCGUGGAUGAAAUUACAGAAUUAUUUCCGGUCCCCAGAUCUAAGGAUUAUCUCAGUUGCGCCUUUUAAAACUUAAAUUUUAUAGUCUUUUGGUGCCCUGUGUGUUUAUAUGGAGGAAUGCAGAGAGAUGAACUAGUUAAUUUUGGCAUUGAUAUUUUACUAUAAAUAACGCACACAUGUGCGUGGUUUCCCUCUUUUACAUAUUGCUAACUUGUGCCUGUCCACUCAUCCACCAAAAAUGAUGGGGGAAAAGCACAGACCAUUACCUUUUUAAAGUUUUGAUAGAAUUAUUUUUUGUACAAGCGCCUCUUGUCCAAUCUGUAUAGGAAUUUCCGUGCUUGUGUUUAUGAUCAAGUCAUGCAGUUUCAAAAUGUUCAGUAUCCUAUACAUUACAGCUACUGAUUAAUUAUUUAACCUCACUGGAUCAAGAAUCAUUUUUGUACUUGUCAGUCUAUAUAUUUGUCCCUCUGAGACAAAAGCAGUUUGAGCUGCUUAUACAUUCACUGCCUUCCUUUAGUAAGAAGACAUUUUGUCCAUGAAAAUGUUGAUUUUAAAUUAUAAGACAUAACACAUGCGCUCAACAGGUUCAUUCUCUGUCUUCCUUAUAACACUUCACUUUCAUUUAAAUUAGGAUUGCCGAACAUUAUUGUGUUCAGAUGUUUGUACCACAGAACAGUUCGUGUUUGAUCUUAGCAAAGUACAUUUCUUUUGAAGUUUUUUUUCCUUUCAAAGUGUGGGCAGUUUUAGUAUUUAUAGUGUAUCUAGCUGUUCAACCCUCACAACAUAGAAUGGUUGUCAAUGUAAAAAUGGGCCAGUGCAAUCUAAAAAUGAAACCAGGCAAGUCACACUUGGAAGGAACAGUGUUCAGUGUUGUCCAUCCAGUAUCUGUUUCAAUGCUUCAGCACCCCUUCCAGCAAUAAUCUAAUUUCUAUUUAUAUGGUGCCAUGACUUUUAUAUUGCCAUCCUGCAUUACAGCUUUUCAACUGAACUCCCUCCUAAUGCUGAAGAAGUACAUGGGCCUUUUACAAGAUAAAGGUGACUUUCAAAUUGAUCAUUUACUGGUUACCUUAGUGUGUACACACUCAUGUUCAGCCUACAAUAUUGCUGUGAAUGUUGUGAUAACUAAAUGUAAAUUUGAUCUUUUUCUAUUGGCUGAUGAUGAAAUCUAAUAGAUCAAAUAACUUAAAUGACCCAAAGUUAAUGAUUUGUAUUAGCACAUCCCUGUACAUGACAUACAUUGCACAUUUUAGGUACCUUUUAAUGCCUAGUUUGCACACCUUGAUACAAAUAAAUGCUGCAGAAUCAAUAUUUUCACUGUACUAUUUGUCUCUGCUUCAUUGGAUAUAUUUUUCCUACACUGUCAUAAAUUAUAAAGUGAUAAACUAGCAUUAUAUUUUAGCCAAAUGUAAUAUUGUGAGACAUUUAUGUUCAAAAGCAACUGGUUUUAAAUGUAGGUUCAGUAUCCGUGGCUCUAUAAAUUUCCCAUAUUGACAUUGUAGACAGUAAAAAUGCACAGAAACCAGCAACAUGCAUAUAAAAUGGAUAUAUUAUGAAAACUGCAACGCAUUUUCAAUAUCGAAUGGAUUAAAUGUACACAAGAGUGUUAAGGGAUUUUGUAAACUACUGUAAAAGAAUAAUUGGAAAGUUAAAGAUUUAAAAGGUGCCAAAUCUAGAAUAAUGGAUAUGUAUGGGAGAUUUUCUUUCAUAUAACAGCUAGUGUGUAUAACAACAAAAUAUCUAAUGUUGUUUUGAAAUUGUAAUUUGCUGUAGUGAAAUGACACAAUGCCCAUGUCAGAUGAAAUUUGGUGGGUACAUAAAAAUAUCUUAAUCAUUGGAUCAUUCAGGAAAAUAUAAAUAUACUUUAAAUUGGCAUUCAAAUAAUAUAGUGCCAAGAUUUUUGCACUGCAAAAAUGUACACAAGAUACACUAUGUUGUAAUCCUGGCAAGCAGUGAAUAAUUUGCUCCUAAUCCUAGUGUCUUCCUUUGUUCCAUCAUUAUAUUUGGUCAAAACAGCAUCAAACACUGAGUAAAUAAAUGUAUAUCAGCAGAAAGCAGGUUAUGUGUAAAACUUCCAAAAGCUUAACAAUUAGCUUGGAAGAAUGAACUAAUGGGAAAAUAAGUUGUUACAUAUUAAUGUACCUACAGUAUAUAUGUGUGCCCACAGUGCACUUUGAUAAAAAAUGUAAUGUGUUCAUGAAAUUGGGGAUCAUGACAAUGGAUGUAUACAGAAUUUGUUUAUAAUCUGUAUUUUGUUCAAUAAAAUCUAACAAUAA